AUGGUGCAUCCGAAGAAUCUUCGGAUGAGGAGCAACAGAGUGGAGCUGAGAGAAGCGGACUUCAAGGCAAUGCGAAGGAUAUAUGGAGAGGAGUCACAGGCUCGAGUGCAUCUGAGGGACGAAGGCCGAGUAAGAAGGGAUUCAAAGGAAACUCCGGAGAGGAUGAGUGAGUGUGUAACUGGGAUCAAUCGACUGAUGGAAGUGUCAGUCGACUGGUCCAGUCGACAGAGCAGUUGGCUUGGAGCAAUCAGAGGCAUUCUAUUUACUCAGCCAAUAACGACCAGUCGACUAGAAUCUUUACCGGUCAACUGGCGGUGUAAAAAUCGAUAUUGGUAUCGUAGAGACGAGGUGUAUAAUCAUGUGAAAAGUGAGGGAUUUGUGGAAAAUUAUGAUUUGUGGAUUUUUCAUGGAGAGAAUCCAUCAUCAUUGAAAACUGCAAGAGAUUUAGAUAACGAUGUUCCAAGAAUGCAUGAUAACAUUGAUGAAUUAUUACAUGAUAGAUUUAGAGAUGUCAUAGAGGAAACAAGUAAUGUACAGCAAGGUCCAAAUGAGGAAGCCAAAAAGUUCUAUAGAUUGGUUGAAGAGGGUAAACAAGAGCUAUAUCCUGGGUGCAAGAAUUUUUCUAAACUUUCUUUCAUCAUUAGGUUGUUUAUCUACAAGCCACUUCAUGGACUUAGUAAUGCAACAUUAAAUGAUCUUCUACAGCUCUUAAGGGAAAUGAUUCCGGAUGCAAAGCUUCCACCAAAUUUUAAUGAAGCUAGAAACAUAUUGAGGAAUUUGGGUUUGGAUUGUCAAAAAAUUUAUGCAUGUCCCAAUGAUUGUAUGUUAUUUUGGAAAGAGCAUGAAAAUGAUAAUGAGUGUCAUACAUGUCAUGCUUCUAAGUGGAAGCAAUCACAAGAAAAAGAUGGCAAGAAACCAAAUAAUGAGGCUGACAAAAUACUGUUAAACAUUCCAGCUAAAGUAUUGUGGUAUUUUCCUCUAAAAUCCCGAUUGCAAAGAUUAUUUAUGUGUGCUGAAUCUGCUAAGUAUAUGACAUGGCAUGAUAGAGGGUGCCCUAAAGAUGGUAAUCUAAGACAUCCGGCUGACGGGAAAGCUUGGAAAGAGUUUGAUAUGCUGUAUCCUGAUUUUGCAAAAGAACCUAGAAAUGUAAGGCUAGGUUUGGCUAGUGAUGGCUUUAAUCCAUUUCGAACAAUGAGUAUUGCUCACAGUACAUGGCCUGUGAUGUUGGUUAACUAUAAUUUACCACCUUGGAUGUGUAUGAAGCCAGAGUACUUUAUUUUAUCUUUGCUAAUUCCUGGCCCUAAAUCUCCUGGGAAUAAUAUUGACGUCUACUUGCAACCCUUGGUUGAUGAGUUAAAUGAGUUGUGGAAUGAUGGGCUAGAAACAUAUGAUAAGUUAAAAAAUGAAACUUUUCAAAUGUAUGCAGCCCUAACAUGGACCAUUAAUGACUUCCCAGCUUACUCAAUGUUGUCGGGUUGGAAAACUAAGGGAAAGUUUGCUUGCCCUUUGUGUAAUUAUGAAACUAGUUCUUUGUACUUGAAUCACAGUAGGAAAACAUGCUAUAUGGACUAUCGCAGAUUUUUAGACUUGGACCAUCCAUGGCGUCGUAAUAAGAGUUCUUUUAAUGGGCAUACUGAGGAUAGGCCACCUCCAACCCCUUUGUCCGGGGUUGAGGCUUUGAGAGACUUGUCUAGCUUUAAGAAUGAAUUUGGGAAGACUCAGAAGAAAAAAAAUGAUGCCACAUGUCCUUGGAAAAAGAAGUCAAUAUUUUUUGAAUUGCCAUAUUGGCAAUUCAAUUUAUGUCGGCACAAUCUUGACGUGAUGCACAUUGAAAAAAAUAUAUGUGACAGCUUGAUAGGGACAUUGUUGGAUGUAGCUGGCAAGUCAAAGGAUCAUGCAAAAGCUCGAUUUGACCUUAUAGAAUUGGGGGUUAAAGAAAAACUUCAACCUGAGCUAUCUCUUGAUCGUGAGCAUGUUGUUUUGCAAAAGGCAUGUUAUGCUAUGUCUCGAAUUGAAAAAGAUAUUUUCUGUCGUGCCAUAAAGGGAGUCAAACUGCCUUAUGGGUGUGCAUCAAACAUAACAAGGUGUGUACGCACUUCAGAAAGAAAAGUGACUGGUUAUAAAAGUCAUGAUGCUCACAUUUUACUACAAUACCUACUUCAAGUAGCGGUUAGGAAAUCCCUCCCCAAACAUGUUGCAAUCCCUUUGAUUAGAUUGGGUGCUUUCUUUCGAUGUUUGUGUAGUAAGGUUGUUAAGCCUGAAGACCUUGAUCAGUUGGAAAUAGAAAUUGUUGAAAUAUUAUGCGAGCUUGAGAAGAUAUUCUUACCAACCUUUUUUGAUAUUAUGGUGCACUUACCGAUUCACUUGGUAAAUGAAGUUAGGCUUGGUGGACCAGUGCAAUAUCGAUGGAUGUUUUCUAUUGAAAGAUAUCUGGGUAAAUUAAAGUCUUAUGUACGAAAUCGAAGGUAUGUAGAGGGGUCUAUUGCUGAAGGGUAUUUGAUUGAAGAAUGUGCAACUUUUUGUUCACGGUAUAUGGAUGAAUGCGUGAAGACUAGACUAAACAAAGGUGCUCAAGAUUCAGAUAUGUCUUGUGUUUAUUCAAAUGAAUCCAACUCAGUAGUUUUUAAAAAUGUUGGACACCCUUUAGGAGGAAAGAAAAGAAGAAAAGGCAAACUCUUCACUCUAGAUCCUGUGUGUGGUGAACAAGCUCAUCGAUAUGCCUUAUUCAAUUCUAAUUGCAAAGAGCUUGGCGAUCAUAUAAGAUUCUAUACAAAACUGCGUGAUGCAAAAUGUAAGACUCAGAAUAGUGGAGUUUCUGUAAUAGCAUCAACUUCUAGCUUUGCAAGCUCAAGGGACAAAAAUCCUGUGGUUGGAGAUGUUGACUACUAUGGUGCAAUAAUUGAAAUAAUGGAACUCAAUUAUUGGUCCAAAUCCAAAGUAGUUUUGUUCCGUUGUGAGUGGUACCAAGUGGAGAAAGAUGACUAUGGUCUUCCUUGUAUUAAUAUGAAGAAGUUGUGCUCUUUAAAUGAUCCUUAUGUCAUGCCUUCUCAAGUACAUCAAGUGUUUUAUGUACUAGAUCCUCUAGUAGAUGACCUUCAAUAUGUUAUGAAUUGUGUUUCUAGAGAUCUAUAUGAGGGUGAUUAUGGUAUAAAUGAUGGAAACACAUACUGGUCCGAACUUCAUGAUAAUGAUGUAUAUCCAAUUUCACAAGUUGGGGUUGAAGACAUUCAGUUAUCAAGAGAGGAUAUACGUCCAAUCAUUAUUGGUGUAAAUACAAAUUUGGAAGACAUAGAUGGAGAUGAUGACAAUGAUGAUGAUUCUAUUGAUGAAACUUUAUGGGAUUGGAUGAAUGCCGAUGAAGAACAAGAAGCUGAUAAUGAUUGA